CGAUAGAGUGAGAGACAUUCAGAGAAAGAACAGGACACGACAGACCAACAGCCGUUUGGUCUCGCUCUGGGGGUCGACCGCUACACGUGCAGGAGAAGCGGCAGAGCAGCGGCAGAGAAAGAGUGAGCGGAGAACGGAUUCCUCUUUGUGUACUCCAUAAUUAUAAUUCUUAUUAGUAGGCUAGUAAUCCUACAAUUGUCGUUUGGUGGGUUCGUCAUUAAUAACAGUUUAAACUAUAGGGAGAGUAGAGGAGAACUGUGCCACUGUCGUCGCUAUGGCCGCUCUAUCAGGAGGAGAAAUGUGCGUCAAAUACCUGAUGUUCGCUUUCAACCUCAUCUUCUGGCUUGCAGGUACAGGAGUUCUGGCUAUAGGGUUGUGGUUGAGGUUUGACCCAAAGACCAGAGGACUGUUUGAAGGAACAGAAUCUCCCUAUGUCUUCUUCACAGGUGUGUAUAUCCUGAUAAUAGCAGGGUUGUUGAUGAUGGUGGUGGGGUUCCUGGGAUGCUGUGGUGCGAUUCAGGAGUCUCCCUGUAUGCUGGGGCUGUUCUUCUUCUUCCUCCUCAUCAUAUUUGCCAUUGAGGUCGCCGCUGGAAUCUGGUGUUUUUCCAACCAAAGCAAGGUGGUUGAUGACAUCACUCAAUUCUACAUGGAGACAUAUCAGAACUACCAGAACACUCGACAGGACACACUGAGAGAGACACUCCGUCUCAUACAGACUGGGUUGGACUGCUGUGGUACAGGUUCUGUUGUGGACUCUGCCAAAGACACCUGUCCCCCAAGAGACGGGCUGGAUAGCCUCAUCACCAAGAGCUGUCCUGAUGCUAUAGAUGAAUUGUUUGACUCCAAGCUACACAUCAUAGGAGGAGUGGGCAUCGCCACUGGAGUUAUCAUGAUGUUUGGGAUGAUCUUCAGCAUGCUGCUCUGCUGUGCCAUCAGGAAGUCACGAGAGAUUGUCUGAGGAUGUCAUCGUUACCAUGACGGUGGCCGUUAAUGUUGCAUGAUGUCAUUCCUAGUCACAUGAAUUCUGUCAACCAAUAGAGAGGCUGUGUGUUGAGAACGGUCGGCCUGAGCGCUAGCAGCCGUUCAGGUCCACUGGCCAACCAACUGCCAUUUAGUUAGAGCCGCUAACCUCUGUAACAAGGAUCUGCUACACAUGGUUCACCUGGCAUUAAGUGCGCAAGCUUUGCAAAAUAAAUAUAAACAUGCAUGUUAUUCAGUAAUUUCAUCCAAACUGCUUGCACGUAUCAACUGGCGUCUGUGUAUCCAGGCACUAAAAUAGAACUUGGUUCUAUUUUAGAUGCUUGAUGCUGCAAGAUCCGCCUCUCCAAUCUAUUCAUUAGUUUUUACGAGCAUACGAACCCACGUGGGUGAUUAAAAUAUGAGGUCCACACUCCAGUCCAGUUGGUGGCAGUAAUGCACAUUGAAGUUGGUUGCCAACCGCCAUUUAAAAUCCACAGAAGAAGAAGGACAAUGAAUGAGGAAAGAUUAAUCAAAGAAAACUAACUAAGAACUAACUAGGUUUUCCUUUAUAUGAGUGGAUUAAUUGUCGAAGUAGAGAACACAUGACUUUGUAUGACUCAAAAUGGGUAAAAAUUCUACAAAGAUCCAGCUAAUAAAAAUACCAUAUGCAUUUCAGAAACAGCAAUCUAGCUAAAUGUCAAUGAAUGUUUCAUGUGUGUUUCGACAUGUCCCAUAAUUACUAUAGUUGGUCGACAGUUGGUUUUGGUAUUUUAACGCGUCUGGUAGGGAUAGACAAAAUCAAUGUUGAGCCGGUUUGGUCAGCAUGUAAUCACAGCGCUGCACAAUUCACCUUGGCUGUGUUUGCACAAUUCUGAUCUUUUUAUCACUCAUUUGUUUUUUAACCAAUCAGAUCAGCUCUGAAAAAGAUCUAAUGUCAUGAAGGGAUCUAGAUUAGCUAAUCUGCACAGUGCUUUUCUCAGGCUGAUCCUCUUGAACACAGUGAAUCUGCCCAGUGCACAGGUUGACCCUCCUAAACCAUCAUGAUGAUAACAUCAACAACAUGCAUGCCAGUCUUUCCUGGUUGACUACAACUCAUCCUCUCCGUCUCUUUCUCUACCCAAUUUGAAAAUGCCUUGAAGUCUCUGACUGUUUUUAUCUAGGUGAGUUGUAGUCAGUUUUACAGCAUAUCUAGGUGUCUUCUAGAUAAGAAACUUUUAUAACACCCUUGCCAUCUUACACAAAACAAAUUAGCCAAAUAAAAUGUAACAUCUGAUCUUCAUUCUGUGUGUAUUCUGAUCAUCCUGUGUGUAUGUAAUGAGUAAGAGAGGAAAACAUGUCUGUCAGACUCCACAGCUUCCUGCCACUGUGGAAAAGAACAACCUGAAAAAAACUCUCUCUCUCUCUCUCCACAGCAAAGACCUUGAAGUUGUCAUAAAAGGCAUGUAAGCUUUAUUUUAGGGAAUGUUACAGUUUUUCUCAAUUGCUAAAACACCAUUUCUGAAACCUUGCUCCAUUUCCUGAAAACAUUAAACACAAAACCUCAUCUUCAAGCACUAUUUACAUAACCUCUGACCCCUCUUGCAAAGUGAAACAUUCGCCUCAAAACAGUUUUACCUGUGUUCAUAAUCAAACACUGCUCUCAAAUCAUAAACAAAGUGAUCAAAAUGAUAUACACUCUCAAGCAGUCAGUUAACAAUACACCGAAAAAUAGAAAACACAUUCUUCAAAAUAUACAAUUCUCAGGGAGAAGUACAUUUUUAAUCUAAAAAAAUAUUCAUAUUUUUCCAGCAUUGUCUUAUGAUGAACGAACACAUGUUCUAUCAUAGUAGCUCAAAAUUUAUCAGAAAUUACUACUCUGCUUUGCUCUUUGCAAUUUUGUUUUCUGUUCUUCCUCCUCCUUGUACCCCUAUUUUUACAGUACUGUACUCUGCAUCUCACAAACUUGUCCUUUGUCUCUGUGAUACUGUAAUUCUUGUUCUUUGUUGAUAUGAACCUGCAACCAGUCAAUCUAUUGAGCAGUUAAUAAAUGGAAAGCACAAUGUUCAGGGCCAUACGAUUUGUCCAUAGUACAGUAUACAGCCUACAAUGCACUGUACUACAGUAUCCAUUCUCAAGAGUUUCUCGUUCCCACCUUCAACAACCUGUUUGCUCUCUGAACUGGCUUAUAUUGGUUGUGUUGCAUCAUUUGAAACAGGUUGAAUCAAUUUUGAGUGGUUGUGUUCAAUCAAUGACAUAUGUUCUCUAUUUGUAUUUGAUUGUUGCCACUUGUGUUUACCAGUAUGGAUGACAUGUGCAUUAGAGUGCAGAAUGUGUUUUGAGAAUGAGAAUGUGUUUAGAGUUUUGCCGAAAUGUCUGAGAUCUGUAAAUUGUGUUUUACCAUGUGAAAUGGUGUAAGGUAUUGACAACAGACUGCAUAAUUAGCUAAAUGAGUCCAGGCAACUGAGAACUUUGUUCAGCCAAUGGGUUUUAGUGUUUUAGCAAUUGAGAAGAACUGUAACCGAAUGUAGACCUGUUAUUAUUAGUGUCAUUCUAUGAAAAUGGUGGCUUUUUGAAGAGCCAACUUUUACACAUUUUUGGACUAGUAACCACAAGGUUGUGAGUUCAAACCCCCAAGCUGACAAGGUACAAAUCUGUCAUUCUGCCCCUGAACAGGCAGCUAACCCACUGUUCCUAGGCCAUCAUUGAAAAUAAGAAUGUGUUCUUAAUUGACUUGUCUGGUUAAAUAAAGGUAAAAUGAAAAAAAGAGCUGUUUAUACCAUGUCAGUGUGAAAAGUAUGGAAUUAGCUAGGGAAACUGACAGAUCAAUAACAUUACAUUGCUAUACUGACUAAUAAAAACUCACAUUGCGCUGUAAAAAAACAUCUGAAUAUCAGUCUUCAAAUCAUUUGACUGCUGGUUUCAUCGCUAAAAUCAGUGAGCUAGCUAGCUAACGUUAGCCAUCCUGGCUAGCUAUAAUUGUACAACAGCUGACGAAAACUAUCCAAGUUAAUUUACUUCCAUUGAAAUGGGACUAAAAGGCUUCAA